AUUGACGUGUUUUAUGGCUAUAACUGCACGGGUUCUUGUUUGUUGCCAUUUUCGUAACUUUAUGGUCCAUGUGAUGAGUUUUGGCGAAAGAAUUCCCGAGAUAUUCAACCUUUUAGUCAACUACUCAUAAGUACGAACCUUCCACCGUUGUUUUUGGCGAUAGGCUGCUAUAAGGCGCUACUGGAGGAACAAGACGGAGAUUAACUGGAUAGGACGGUCAGGAAGUGACUGCAAUAGACCCAAAAUAGGCGUAAACGGGAGAGGGAAAGGAACUAGAGAUGGUCUUGAGCAUCGUAGGUUUAGGCUUGGGUGACGUUGAGGAUGUCACCCUGAAGGGAUUCAACGCAGUCAAGGAAGCUGAUGUCGUAUUUCUAGAAAUUUACACGUCGCUCGUCAUCAAUGCAAACAAGCAGACACUGGAAUCAUUCUACGGAAAGGAGAUUUUGGAAGCAGAUAGAAUUUGCAUUGAAGAACAAAAUGACAAAAUCUUGGAAGAGGCCAAGACAAAGAAGGUUGCAAUUCUGGUUGGAGGUGAUCCAUUCAGCGCAACAACUCAUUCUGAACUAUAUCUAAAGGCAAUUGAACAGGGAAUUGAUGUAAAAGUCAUUCACAAUGCAAGUAUAAUGAACGCAGUCGCUUCUUGUGGGUUACAGCUCUACCGGUUUGGAGAAACUGUGAGUAUUCCAUUCUUUGAAGUAAAUUGGAGACCCAGAAGUUUUUAUGAUAAAAUUAUAAAAAAUCGCAGUGCAAAUUUGCACACUCUGUGUCUAUUAGAUAUUAAAGUGCGUGAACGCAGUGUGGAAAAUUUAAUGGCAAAUAGGCUCAUAUUUGAGCCUCCAAGGUUCAUGACUGUCAAUGUAGCAAUAGAUCAAAUUUUAGAGAUUGAUAAUGAGUUGAACUUAUUAGGAGAAACGGAGAUAAAGGCAAUUGGUAUCUCAAGACUUGGAACAAAGGAGGGGAAGAUAAUCUCUGGAACUCUCCAGUCACUCAGGAACUCAGACUUUGGAGUUCCCCUUCAUUCUCUUAUCAUUUGUGCUCCAGAACUUCACGAUCUUGAACUCUCAUUUUACAAUCACUAUGCUUCAGGUUAAAAACGUCAAAUUGUAUGUGUUGAGGUUACUAGAUAU